CCUUAUUUUGUUUCGCAGAGGCAGAGACAAUUGCCUUUAGCACGAGUUUCUUCCGGAAGAGUCGAUAUUUCUUUCCUCUCUAGCUUAAGUGAUGGCUACUCCGGAAGAAGCAGCGUAUGAAAAGUUUCUAGAGAGAGUUCGCCGUACUGUGUAUAUAGACGAACUCACGCCUCUUGCCACAACUCCGGUUAUUGAAUCUGCUUUCAAUCAGUUUGGGACUGUCAAGAAAGUCAGCUUCAUACCAAAUUUCUUGGGUCCAAAGGAGCUUCCUGUGAGUGUUCUCGUUGAGAUGGAGACUGAAGAUAUGGCACAAGCUGUUAUCUCCACUGUGUCACAGUUACCUUUUAUGGUUGCUGGAAUGCCCAGGCCUGUCAGAGCUAGUGCUGCUGAGCCUAAUAUGUUUGUGGAUCGACCAAAGAAGCCUGGUAGAACCAUCCGUUUUCGCUGGAUUGAGCCUAACGAUCCUGAUUUCGACAAGGCCAGGAGAAUGAAGAGGCUUGCUCGUAAGCAUACUGCUGAAAAUUCGUUCAUGCUCAAGAAACAGCUUGAGGAGGCAGAAAAGCUGUCGAAACAGCAAUCUGAGACGGCGGUAACACAUCAUAAGAAGUUUGAGAUGAUGGAUAAACUCCUCUACGAUGGCGUUGCUCAGAAACUGGCUGACCGUUACAGCAUGAAAUGUUUUCCUUAUCGCUAGAGAGACACCAUCUUUCCUAGUGUUGAGGGCUUUUACCAUUGUAUAGGUAUGGUAAAAAGGUUAAGAGUCUAAUAGAGUCUAUCUAAGUACUAGUAAGUGAAAAUUGUUGGGGAAAAUGCUGAAAGCCAAGGGGAUGGUAUUUUGCUUAGAACUUGCUUAUGCCACUAGUUUGUGCAGUGUCUAUUUGGUUGACCUGACUUUGUUUUAGGUGCGGUGUGUUUAGCCUUUCUUAACUCGUAAUGAAGAAUGUUCCACAUUGCUCACUUA